AUGAGCUUUAACGUACUCGCCAACGUUUUGGACGCCUUGAUCGAACUCCAAGAAACUUUGUCUUCGGACGUGUCAUCAUUUUCGCGGCCAUAUGUGAGAAGGGAGCACAUUCCCUUCUUAGAGACAAGAUUUCGACUUUUCGAUGAAUAUCUCAUAACAAGAAGGCCAAUUGCAUUCCUUGAAUUCAUCAGGCAAAAGCCUGAUGAGUUCGAAGAUUUAUACGAACGAAUUGGCAGCAGAUUGGAACAUCUCAGAACGCAUGCUGGCCCAAUUUCUGGCCGUCAUCGUCUAAUGAUUUAUUUAAGAUUUGUGGCACAGAGGAUGUCUUUUCGAGCUUAUGCUUUGGAUCUGGGCAUGGGAAAGAGUACAGUUUCCAAUAUUGUGAAGCAAGUUACAGAAGCUAUCAUCUGUGUGCUUCAUAAUCAGGCGUUUCCGCCUUUGACGCAUGAAAAAUUUGAAGAUGUUGCCACUAAAACUCAAGAACGGUUCGAUUAUCCACGAGCCGUGGGGUUUAUAGACGGCAAACAUAUUAAUAUUCAGAAACCUGCGCGUUCAGGCAGUGUGUUCUGGAAUUAUAAGCAUUAUUAUUCUAUAAUACUGCUGGCGAUCGCAGAUGCCGAUUAUCGAAUAAUGGCUUAUGACAUUGGGGCCGCCGGUCGCGCUGGCGACGCGGGGGCAUUCCGAUUAUCUAAGAUCAAGGCAUAA